AUGAACGGAGCUGUGCUAGUAGCAAUUGCUGCAGCAAUUGGCAACUUGUUGCAAGGAUGGGAUAAUGCAACAAUUGCAGGGGCUGUUCUGUAUAUCAAGAGGGAAUUUAAUCUACAGAGUCAACCAACUAUAGAAGGUCUAAUUGUAGCCAUGUCACUUAUCGGGGCCACAGUAAUCACAACAUUCUCUGGACCUGUAUCAGAUAAUCUUGGACGGCGACCAAUGCUGAUAAUAUCAUCUAUUCUUUAUUUUCUGAGUGGCUUGGUAAUGUUAUGGUCUCCCAAUGUUUAUGUACUGCUUCUGGCAAGGCUCUUGGAUGGAUUUGGAAUUGGUCUCGCGGUUACUCUUGUUCCUGUCUAUAUAUCUGAAACAGCCCCGGCAGAAAUAAGGGGCUUGUUAAAUACCCUUCCACAAUUCACUGGUUCUAUUGGAAUGUUUCUGUCAUACUGCAUGGUCUUUGGAAUGUCAUUGACGGAAUCUCCGAGUUGGAGGUUGAUGCUUGGGGUUCUUUCUAUUCCUUCUCUUGUUUUUUUUGCAUUGACAAUACUAUUCCUGCCUGAGUCUCCUAGGUGGUUAGUGAGUAAAGGGCGGAUGCUAGAGGCUAAAAAGGUAUUACAGAGACUACGCGGCAGGGACGACGUCUCAGGUGAAAUGGCUUUGCUGGUCGAAGGUCUUGGUGUUGGAGGUAAAACAUCUAUAGAAGAGUACAUAAUCGGCCCUGUUGAUGAGCUCACCAAUGACCAGGAACAUGAAGAAGAUAAAGAUCAAAUCAGGUUAUAUGGUGCUGAAGAGGGCCACUCAUGGAUUGCAAAACCUGUCACUGGCGGGAGUACUCUUGGUCUGGUGUCCCGCUACGGGAGCAUGGCAAACCAGAGCAUGUCUCUUAUGGAUCCUAUGGUCACUCUUUUUGGCAGUGUUCAUGAGAAGAUGCCAGAGAUGGGAAGCAGGCGAAGCAUGCUUUUUCCCAACUUUGGCAGCAUGUUCAGUAUGCUAGACCAACAUAGUAAAAAUGAACAGUGGGAUGAGGAAAACCUCCAGAGGGAUGGUGAGCACCAUGCACAUGAUGCUUCUGGGGCUGAAUCUGAUGACAAUUUAAGGAGUCCAUUGCUCUCCCGUCAGGCCACAAGUAUGGAUAGGGACAUGGGCCAUUUUGCAUCCAACAAUGAACCGAUCAGUGGUAUGGGAAUUGGUGGUGGUUGGCAGCUGGCAUAUAAAUGGUCUGAGAGGAAAGGUGAAGAUGGAAAAAGGGAAGGACUUCAAAGAAUAUUUUUGCACCAGGAAAAUGUGCCUGCAUCUCGUCGUGGGUCACUUGUUGCAAUUCCUGGAGGUGAUUUCCAUGCAGAAGGUGAAUUAAUUCAUGCUUCUGCUCUGGUGAGCCAGUCUGCCAUUCAUUCCAAAGAUGUUGGUCAGAAUCCUUUUGGAGAGGCAAUGGUUCAGCCAUCUGAAGCUUCUGCUAAAGGGUCAAGUUGGGGUGACCUUUUUGAACCAGGGGUCAAGCAUGCAUUGAUUGUUGGAAUUGGUAUUCAAAUACUUCAGCAGUUUUCUGGCAUAAACGGGGUUCUCUACUAUACUCCUCAGAUUCUUGAACAAGCAGGUGUAGGAAUUCUUCUGUCAAAUAUAGGCAUUGGUUCAGACUCUGCAUCUCUCCUUAUAAGUGCUAUAACAACCUUGUUGAUGCUUCCGAGCAUAGGUAUUGCUAUGAAAUUGAUGGAUAUUGCAGGCAGAAGGUCGCUGCUGCUAACUACACUACCUGUCUUGAUAUUGUCAUUAAUCGUACUAGUUGUUGGCAACAUUGUAAACAUGAGCUCCAUCGUCCAUGCCGUGAUAUCAACCAUCAGUGUUGUGCUCUACUUCUGCUUCUUUGUCAUGGGCUUUGGGCCAAUCCCGAAUAUCCUCUGCUCGGAGAUCUUUCCUACCCGUGUUCGAGGCCUCUGCAUUGCCAUAUGUGCUCUUACAUUUUGGAUUGGGGACAUCAUUGUCACUUACUCACUCCCUGUUAUGCUCAAUUCAAUUGGCCUAGCUGGUGUCUUUGGCAUCUAUGCUGUUGUGUGCACCAUCUCGUGGUUCUUUGUUUACUUAAAGGUUCCCGAAACAAAGGAAAUGCCCCUUGAAGUCAUCACAGAAUUCUUCGCCGUUGGCGCAAAGCAAACUGCUGACACUGCUGCAGUUGCCAAAGCUUAGGUUUAAAGUUUUGGCUGGAUUUUGUUUCUCCUGGAACGCAAGCUGAUUACGACGUUUAACAAACACUGAUCAGAUUGAAGGUUGCUUGUUCAUAAUACUGAAGUGAUUGGCGAAAUCUGAAGAAAAAAAAAAACAUCAUAUUAACGAGAUUUGGACCGGUGGAGCACUAGCUUAAUCUUGAAUCUUUAAUUUUCUUUCUGUGCAAUUUGAUUUUUGGUAUUCUUUUCCCUCCACUACUGUCUUCCCAGGGAUGUUUGAAGGUGGGCGCGGAUUCUCUCUGGCGUUUAUCAAUGCUUAGUGUACCUAUAUUAUCGAAUUCUCAAAUUUUGUCCAUGCAUUAAUUUGGUGAACAUUUUUUCUGAGUACAUUCAAUGGUCAUCUGAUUUGUAAAGUUCUGCAAAAUUUUGGAAAUCCAUUGGGUACUUGCAGGUGAUUCAACACCAUUGUUCUUAACAGAACUUGAGACAUGAAGAGUGCAUAGACACUUCUGUUAUUUUGCAUUGUUGGCUAAAUGAAUCAUCUGAUCUCAUGCUGUUGUUGUGGUCCAAGUGAGGGUUUUUUUUUUUUUUGAAUAACGGGGUAUCCUGACUAUCGACGGAACAUGCGCAAAGCGCUUCCUUCAAGUGUUUUGCAUUUUUCCAUUUUUCGGGCCAGAAAGUCCCGUGUGGAACCUGCUACCCGAAUUGUUGUGUACGGGAAUUUCAGUUGGGUCUAAUUGCAUCUCAUGUAUUUUACUUAAUGUAUUUUAUGUGGGUUUUACAUAGUUUGUGUAUAUAUGUUUUUGUGUGAUGUAAAAAGAAAAGAAAUUAAAAAAAAAAAUUUAAAGAAAAAGUGAUGGGACCCACCUCAACCAUUUGAGUGGCCUAGAGACCAUUUUGAUCUCAUUCUCACACUCUCUCCCCCAAUUCUCAUCUCAUUUUUUUUUUCUUUUUCUUUCCAAGUGAACUUAAAUCCUAGAAGUUCUCCCUCAAUUUUUGGAGUUUUUGAGUGCCGUUUGCGGCAAAUUAAAGAGUAAGUCGAGAUCUACGUUUUGAUCGGAGCAAAUCUUUGUUUGGUGCACUUUGAAAUUUCGAAUUUCUAGGGCUUGGAAUAUAAAUUUGAGGUUUUUCUUCAA